AUGGAUAUUUUCGUAAAAUGUUUUGUCAUCUACAUUCGCCCCAUUCUUGAGUAUGGUACAAUUGUUUUCCUCAAGGAGCAAAUCAAGCUUCUUGAAGGCGUUCAAAAGUCAUUCCUGUUCCGAUGUUACAAGAAGUUCAACUAUCCCUAUAUAUCCUACUUUGAUUGUCUCCGUGAUCACAAUUUAGAAUCCUUAGAGUACCGUCGACUUCUAUCCGAUCUAGUUUUUAUGUAUAAAACUCUAGUUUCCCAGGAAAUUGCAAUUGCCCAUAAUCUAUUCAUUGUCCCGUUUCAUCAUAAUCAUCUAAGACGCCACCCAUAUUACAUUAGCUGUACAUUAAAAAAUGCUUCAAAACUUUCUGCUUAA